GGUUUGACCAAAGAAGAGGCGGACUAUCGUUUGUUGGACGCUGCUCGCAAAGUGGAAUUGUACGGUGUUCGGCUGCAUCCUAUAAAGGAUGUGGCCGAUCAACCGUUCAAUUUGGCUGUCACACAUGCCGGGGUAUUGGUAUUUCAACGCUUUUCCCGUGUGAACACCUACAUCUGGUCCAAGAUUCGCAAAUUAAGUUUCAAUCGGCACAAGUUUCUCAUCAAAUUGCACACGGGCGAUCAGGUAUGUGUAUGGCUGGGAGUGGUCAGUCGCACGUCGGACGGACCGAUUUCCAGCGGUCAGGUUUCGCAGCUAAGCACACCGGUACGCCGUCUGGCUCGGAUUCGACAACAUGCAGCCAGUUUCAAGUUGUUUGGGAGGCCUCAGAAACGGACACUGGAGGAACUGCAAAGUCCAUGCCUUGUCUCAGACACAAAACCAGCUUGGGCUCUGCCCGAACAUCCGUAUAAUGUGCCCAGACAGACUUCGGCCAGUAUCAAACCAGUCGGACUAACCAAACUGCUCUCGAAUUGUCCCAAUCCUACGGCGGAACAUUUUCAGCUGCUUCGGCUCUCGUUUACCUCACUCAUUCCCGAGUCGUCUAGUGCCCUGGAUACCGGACACACGACACCCACUGCGGGCAGUCGCAUGCGAACGUUGGAGCGGAUGCGCGAACGUGCCGUUAGCACUCCGUCCAUUCACCAGUCUGAUGUGCCCCGGCGAAAACGCAGUUGUCACGCGUUUGUUCCACGUCAAUUCGAUCCGCUCGGUUCCAAUACCCUGCCUGGAGCGCGACUAAAAUCGCAGAUAUCCGACGGUAUCUUGGAUCUCUCAGCCAGUCGUACGUUCCCCAGACGACCUGAUUUGGAUGAGGCUGGUGGUAAACGUUUGCAGAAAGAGAACGUGGAAGUGAAUCAUGGUCCGGACGGGACCUCGACUCCGUCACCCACCACUUCAACGAAAGUGUAUCGAGUGAACGGUUACAGUUUGCCUCGAACCCCAUCCUCAUCCUGUUCGCUUGCAUCCGAUAUGAGUCCAACUCCGCUGUCCGAGAAUGAGACCACAUUGAACGAUCUCGGUGGCCUGACUAGUCCCCGAGAUCCACGAGAGAGUUGGUUAGACCCAGGAGGCGAGAAUGAGGACUCGUGGUCACUCUCCUCCCGCGAACCUGCCCCGUCCAAAUUGGUAAGUCCGGUUUGCCUAAAAAACUGUUGUCUGGGAGUGUCUACCACCAGUCUAGUCGGAUAUGAUGCGAUCGGAUCACUGUUUAGGCAUAACAGAUAUUAG